CUAGGUUUCCACACCCACCACUAUUUUCAUCAAAGCCCAACCAAGACCCAAAUCUAGACCUACUUUCACUGCAAUGAUCAGCAAAAAUUCACAUUAUCUAGAAAAGAGUAGUGCUGAUGUAGUUCAAAAAUUAGACUUAUUUUUUUGAUAUAAUAAUGUGCAAUUUUAUUAUGAUAUUUAUUUCACUUUUUUAUGUGUAUUCAUAUAAGAGUUUAGAUUUGCUAAAAUUAAAGAUGUGAAUUUUACGAAAAAAUUGAACCAUUAUUAGAUUAAUUUGGACUCACUUCGGUAAUGUAAACCGUUCAUGUUAUACAACUAAUUAAAAAAAUUAUCUAUGUAAAAAAUCAAGUUGAUCCAAUAUUAAUUUUCAUACUAUUAGAUCAUACUUAAAAAUUAUGUUAUAUAUGUUUUGAUGAAUAAACAAUUCAUAUAUAGUAUAUUUUUAAUAUGAUUAUUUAUGUCUGAUCAAUCUAAUUUUUUAUAUACAUAUUCUUCUCAAUUUAUCAUAUGAAUUAAACAAUUCAAAUAAAUGAUAUAAGUACAUAUUAAUCCGUCAAUGCAUAAUUUCACCAUACAAUGAAGUGAACAUGUUAAACUUUUAACCAAUCCAAGUUUCAUAUGAGAGUACUCUUUUUAAAGAAGAAACACAAUCUACAAUACAUAAUCGCAUAGAGAAGAAACUAAAAAAGAAGAACAUGAAUGGGCAAGAUAAAGAAGAACGAAAAAAGAAGAUAAAAGAAAUUUUGAAGAGUGGACUGGACGACCUGGUUAACGUGAAUUCACUGUUGAGCAUAGCGGUAUUCGUGGGACUAACGUACGCGACGCCAGGCCAACGCAGCCUGGAGAACCGACCAGAGUGCGACGCCGAGCCCCACCAGGCCAAAAACCUCGUGGUACUAGAAGUCGUAGCGUUCAGUUUCUUCCUCUUCUCAAGCCUCGUUGCGAAGUCAUUGAAGGUUAAUUUCCAAAUUUACGACAAUGGAAACUUUGAGAUCGAUGAAGAGACAGGACAUGGACGUCUGACGUGGUGGAAAUGGGUGUUCCUCAGCUUGUCCGUGUUUGCGUCGUUCUUGGGUUGCUUUUUCUUAAUGCUUUCAAUGUUUUAUCUGAUUCAGAUAAGGUUGGGAAGGCUGUCUUGCAAGAGCCCAUACACACAAGGAGCAACUCUAUUGAUGGUUGCUAUUGUUUGUGUUGGUAUGCUCAUCUAUCUACCUCUAGUCUUCGCUGCUCUACAUAAGACUUUGAAUUUGAAUUUUAGUGAUACUACUGCUACUGCUACUACUAGUACACCACCUUCAGGAGAAGGACAACAACAAAGCUAGGCUGGCUGGGUGGGCUACUAGUAGUACCCAAAUAGUUUGUUAGGCCUUGUUGUCUAUGUUGAUGGAAAGAGUACUGUACUGUUUGUGUCUGCGUUUUGUUUGUAUAUAAAAGAAUAAAUGUUGAGAGUUCUAAUUUUAAAAUUGU